AAAGACGGUUGCGUCUUCAUAGGUGGAUAAAGGAAAUUGAUUUACUUGAAAGAAAACAAGUCUAGAUUCAUUCAGCAAUUUUCACAAAUGUUAUGUGAAUGCCUAAACCCGUUACUGAUAAUCAAGUUGAUAUUAAUACAGCUGAAUUGAAGUCAAUGUGACAUCUGCUUCUGGUUUUGCAAGAUUUACGAAUCUUGGAGUAACAAAAAGCGAAAGAGUGAAUCGACCUUCACAUCUGCAGACAGUUAGUUCCCAGUCUUGUGAAUGACAUAGCCCCGAUUGGUCACAGUGCCGGAGUGUACGCCCUCCUGCUACACCAAGCCAACCAAGGCUUCUCCUGCCUUGAUGGAAAGGUUGAGAACACGCCGGUUCCAGUCCCUCCUUCUAUACACACAUGCAGCUUGCGAAUGGUGGAGCGUUUGAGCGACAACUGGGAAGCCCACCUUCGUGCAUGAAGGGUUGAGAUGUGAUUGGUGUGGAAGCAUGAGUGAUGGUGGCAGUGGGGAUCCGCCCUUUCCCCAAUGCUUCCCAGCCCUGGCGUGGCCCCGACUGCCGCUGCGGAGCCACUUCGGGGGGAAUUGGCUACAGUUCAGCGAUGGCGAUUGCGGCAAGGGCUCUACUUGCGGCCGCUCUGGGGAGCACUCGGGCAGCGGGUGGAGGAGGCGGCGGCGGCUUCAGCGGGCUGGCUCUCAGCAGACAGCGGCAACCACAGCGGACGGUGUGCCAGAGGUUUCCGGUGUGGAAUAAUCAGCGGGUGUUGUACUGCUCCAGUACCUCUCUACCUGCCAGCGAUGUAACUGUCGCCUACCAGAACGGGUUACCCGUUCUCUCUCUCAAUCUACCAUCGCGGCGAGAACGUUGUCAGUUCACCCUGAGGCCCAUCUCAGACUCUGUUGGGAUUUUCCUGAAACAGCUACAGGCGGAGGACAAGGGCAUUGACAGAGUGGCCAUCUACACUCCAGAUGGAAAUCGAAUAGCUGCAUCAACAGGAAUCGAUAUUCUACUUCUUGAUGACUUCAAGUUAGUGAUAAAUGAUGUGACACACCAUGUGCAGCCACCAAAGAGAGAGAAGCUGAGUCAUGAAGAUGCAACGUCAAUGAAUGAUGUUAAAAUCCUCGUGCAGCAUCUCUUCACCACCUUGCGCGUUGAGGAGCACCAGCUGAAAAAGGAACAGGAUCUGAAGAGGCGUGUGGAGAAUCUCAACGCUCAGAUUGAGCCACUAGAGAAAGUCAAGUUGGAGUUGGACAGGAAGGCGGAGAUGCGAUCGACCUGGGUCCUGUGGGGCGGGAUGGCCUUCAUGGCCACCCAGUUUGGGAUCCUGGCACGCCUCACCUGGUGGGAAUAUUCCUGGGACAUAAUGGAACCGGUCACCUACUUUAUCACUUACGGCAGCGCAAUGGCGAUGUACGCAUAUUUCGUCAUCACACGGCAGGAGUACAUUUACCCUGACGCCAGAGAUAGACAAUACUUGCAUUUCUUCCACAAAGGAGCCAAAAAGACGAAAUUUGACAUUGAAAAAUACAACAGACUCAAGGACGACAUUGCUCAGGCCGAGUUGGACUUGAAGCGUCUCCGAGAUCCACUCCAGCUCCAUCUCCCCAUCCAGCCCGUCAGUGACCAAGAGUGAGGAAUGCCAGAGGUGACUCCACCACCAACCCCCCCCCCCCCCCACCCCCACCCUGUCCCCGCCACUCCCACCCACCAACCCGAGGAAUGUCUGGACACGCUAACACCACGGCGCUCUUCACCUGAUCAACAACCAAACCUCUGCGGGUCCUCGAGAUCCUACUGGCAGUGGGGAAGGAGUUUGAAAUCAUGUUGAGAUGUGCAUCGGGUACAUUGGGGAAUCUGAUCAUGCAGAACGGACAGUGUGCAUCUCCAACUGAUGGCACCAGGGCUGAUUGGGAUGCACGUUUCCUCUUUUUUUUAAAAAGAAUACAUUUAUUGACACCAUUUAUUUUACUGUUUUAUUCUGAUUUUGUGCAGAUUUUACAAACUAUCAAUUCAUUUGACAUUGCUGCACUCAAUGACUAUGAUUAAGGGGAGAAUUGUUGUACGAAUGAGCUGUGUAACUCUGACAAUAAAUAACUACCACAACUGUUUUGGAACUAAUUGGGUCUUGCAUUUGGUCACUGGUAAAUGGUUUUGUUCUUCUGGUUUCAUAGACUAUUGGUACAGAAAGGUGUGGGUUUUUUUUACCUGGGUUUGUCUGUUCUUCAUGGGUGAUUCUGGAGAUGCAGCAUCAAUGCAUUUCUCCUCGUGAAAGUUGUGUCUGUCCUUUCCCAGGGAGGUCCAGGGCUUGUAGCUGUUUUAGCACACAGGGAGUGAAUACCUCCAAGAGGUCAUGAUGUGCUCUUGAACCUUAAGCAAUGAUUUACUCUGAAUGGAAUGAAUCGUAUUAAACUUGGUAAGUUCCCCUUUUACACAUCCCUGCUUCACAGCAAGUUGUUUAAGAAGGAACUGCAGAUGCUGGAAAAUCGAAGGUAGAGAAAAAUGCUGGAGAAACUCAGCGUGUGCGGCAGCAUCUAUGGAGCGAAGGAAAUGGGCAACGUUUCAGGUUUCGGCCCAAAACGUUGCCUAUUUUCCUUCGCUCCAUAGAUGCUGCCGCACCCGCUGAGUUUCUCCAGCACUUUUGUCCACCUGCUUCACAGCAAGUUGCUUCUCACACCUCCAAUGUACAACUCUUUAAUUCGGCCCAGCAGAUGCGGGUCGCAGGAACAAGUCUUUCGAAUGUGACACAUUGUUCAGGUCAGCAGUGGCCAGCUAAAUGAGGAAUGGUGCAGAAAUCAAUUUAAGCUGCAGUUAUACCUCUGUAUACAUCUCCCGACUCAAAAUGUUUGAUUAGGUCAAAUGCAUUUAUUUUUAAUUAAACGGAUAAUGAGCCCCUUUGAAGAGGUA